CUAUAUGUUUGUAUUUAUUUGCAUAUAUGUAUAUUAGAAGCAACGUAUAAAACUGGCAAACGCUACAUGUGCGACUCACAGAUAAUCUGCAUAAGUCUGUGAUACCAGUGGCUUUUGUUUUAUAAGCGCACUAAUAUUUUUGCACACUAAAACUGGGUUAACGCGAAUAAACAAAUCGAAUACAACUGUUUAGUAUGAAUAUGCCAAUCCUAAGCUUACUGCUGCUAUAUACAGCAACAGUUUUACAGCUAACCGAAGUUGUUGUUGUCGCUGAGCACAAGGAUAAAUAUCAACUAUUUCGUGGCGCAAGAAAACGAAUAGAACCAGCGCUCGAUCGUGACAAUGGAGCUGAAGUACGCUUUGUAAGCACAGCCUUUUUGCACAGACUCGUUGAUUUGAAGAGCAAAACUACAACAACAACCGUUAAACCAAUGGAUGAUGUAUCGCCAACGUCAUCUCAAUCAAUAACUGGACCAACGACCAUAACACCUUUUUCGCCACCACUAACCGCGCCUUCAACGGUAACACGCGCCUUGCAUAGCGUUGCUGUGGCUGGUGGUGGUGGUGAUGCGAAGCAUAUACGCAAAAUUGAGGAAGACGAAGACGACGACGAUUUUAUACCGUAUACAACUGCCAAUGUUGCUGAAUUUCCAGCAUACGGAAAAGUGCAGCGCACACAACGUCAUCGAGGCCGUAAUAAACUCCGCAAGAGGCAGAAGCGGCAAAAACGACAACGCCAGCAGAUACUUGUCAAACACAAAGUGCGGGAUCAGGAGUUGUGAUAACAUUCGCAAAUUAUUGGCAAUCGAUAAGCCGUAAAGUGUUAUUACUUUGCGGAAAAGAGAUGGAGACAGCCAUUAAUUAAUAUUAAUUGAAAAUAUGUCGAGCAAUUUAAAAUGAUUACUGAUGUUUACUGUGCUAAAGUAUUCCUUCAUGAGUCUUAUGUAAUGAAUAUCACUGAAUUUUGUAAAUAUUUUUUGAAACUACAAACACUUUUAUUCCGAUAAUUAUAUUAUAAAACCACUACUACUUUUACAGUUUACAAACUAUUUACAAAAACAAGCGUUAAAGCAUUUAAUAUUAUAUGAAGAUGCCAAGAUUCCUGCGAAAACACUUUAGUGCACGUUGCGCAGCUUAUGCUAGACAUUUUCGGCAUUAUUUUACAACUAAUUUAGCACUCUAAAGCUGAGUUAAUAAAAUUUUAGCGUCGAUAGGAGACUUGUGUACUUGUUAAGGGGUUACAUGGGUUUUGUCGCCUA